UGCAAAUCUGACAUUCCACCCACCUUCGGCGUAGGAUAGCGUUGUCCAUUCUUGACUGUUCUACAAGUACGACGCACGAAUAUAGGACAGCUCCUUAUAGAAAGAAGGGAGAAAAAAAUGAUCGAUGUUGUGAUACUAGAGUGCGAUUUCAAACACAGAGUAGUUUGAGAGACAGAAGUAUCUGUUAGAAGUGCUGCUGCGGUCUUGCCUUGGCCUUUUCCAGACAGGGCAUGAUUAUGCAGAAUGGCAGUACGCUGUAGGAGAAUGCUGCGACCACCACUCAAGCGUCGGUUAUCAUGGGACGUGGUUGUUCACGUCCGCAUACGCAGUUUGCUGUUCUGAACGAACUUUAUUGCAAAUGCAGAAGGUCGUGGAGCUUCAGUUCUACUCGACGCCUUACGGUCUUUCGAUGUGCACCCGAACGAUGAGGGACCUCUCUUCAUUAAGGCUUCUAUCAUCGAUUUUCAUUUUCAUUUUGACCAAGUUCUUUGUUCUCUCUGCAGCGAGGGAUAUAUGAACCUAAGCGAUGAUGACAGACAUUUUGAUUUUUCGUUAACCGAAAGCUGAAAAUAACCGAUACCGAGUUACUGACCGAAAUAAGGGAGGUAGCUUGGACAGGGCUACUCUUCCUUGCUCAGUAUCUCGCUUAUUUUCAGCAGUUUUUGCUUAUUUCAGUUUUUCGAAUAGUUCCGUUGUUACUUCUAAUCUCCUCUGCGACAACAUUCCCCCCGCAAUCGGCAUCGAGCGGGUGUGGUUUGACAUCCGGGUCCGUUACCGAUCCUUUCAGAAGAUGCUGCAUGGAAUCUACAGUAGUGACCGUUUCCGUCUCAUUUUCGAAGACCAUCCGGAAAUCUACGAGAGCUGAAACUUACGAACCACCUGGGUAGCUUUGGUGAUCCCGAGUAGUUCUCUGGAUAGUUCUCAUGAAAGACCUGGGUAAAGUUCUUGUCUGGAUACUAGUCUUAGUAAUUUUGAGUCAAGUAGUACCAGUACGCAUUCUAUUGUUACUAGAUGAUUUUAACGUCCGCACUUCUAUUUGAUUAUGAUUUAAUUACCUUUCCAAACACGUGAAAUUGAGUUUUAUUUGCAGAUGAGAAGUCCUUGACUGCUCCCCAUUUUUUUCUCCCUCCGCUUCAACCUUUCCGGACAGGGCGUAAGACGUCGGAAUCUGUGGAGAAAUUAGCGUAG